UUCUAGUUCAUUUGUAUCACUCUUCCGGUGUUAUGGCCGCAUGCAGUGUUGGGGACGAUUGUAAAAUGUUAUGACCGUGGAGUUGUAGAUGUUCCUAGACUGAGGAUGGUGGUUACUGUGCUAUUACGGUUGCCCGUCUGUCGAACCUUGUCACGUGCGGUUCUUCGUUGUCACAGGCGGUAUAGCAAGUUGCAGGAAUCCCCGAGCCGGUCUGAGCGCGUGCGGCUGUUUGAGUCUCUCCAGGAGAGGCGGGGCGAUGGGAGGAGAACACCCGGCGAGAAGGAGAUCCUCAGCGUCCGAUUGGCUGACGGCAGGACAGCGAAGGCCACAGCCGGCAUCACCACACCUCUACUCAUCGCCCAGAACGCACAGCUGACAGGAGCGCUGGUGGCCAGGGUGAACGGAGCUCUGUGGGAGCUGCAACGCCCCCUGGAGGGUGACUGUGAACUGCAGCUGCUGGGCUUCGACAGCGACGACGGCAAACACGCGCUGUGGAGGACUGGGGCGUGCGUCCUGGGAGGGGUGUUGGAGGGGGGUUUUGGGGCGGAGCUGUGCAGAGAAGGAGCCUCAGCCACGGGGUUCUUCUGCGACCACAGGCUGGAGAACAGUGCCCUGUGUCUUACUGAGGUGGAGCAGAGAUGCCGGCAAGCCGCCGCCCUGCGACUUCCUCUCUCCAGACUGGAGCUGAGCGUGCAGGAAGCCAAAGAACUCUUCCAGGACUGUAAGUUGAUACUCCAGCUGAUCAACGAGCAGACUGUAGGUUCUACCAUCCCAGUUUACAGGUAUGGAGACAGCAUAGGAGUGUGGAGUGGUCCUCUCCUCCCACACACAGGUCUGCUCAAGGCCUUCAAGAUGCUCCAGGUGUCUCCUGUGACGAUGGCGGAGGUCAGUGGCGUGAUGCGACUCAUGGGCGUGGCCUUCCCAGGAGUGAAGGAGCACGACCGGUGGGAGAAGGAACAGGAAGAGGCACAGAAGAGAGACCACCGCCGCAUCGGAACGGAUCAGGAGUUGUUCUUCUUUAACGAGGUCAGUCCUGGAAGCUGUUUCUUCCUGCCUAAAGGAGCCCACAUCUACAACACACUCAGCGACUUCAUAAAGAGUGAGUAUCGAAGGCGGGGCUUCAGUGAGGUUGUGACCCCUACCCUGUACAGCACUGCAUUGUGGGAGCGCUCAGGGCACUGGGAACACUACAGUGCGAACAUGUUCACUGUGACGUCGGAAAACACACAGACCUAUGCUCUGAAGCCCAUGAACUGCCCCGCACACUGCCUGAUGUUUGAGCAGAGGGUGAGGUCUUGGAGGGAGCUGCCUCUACGCUGGGCUGACUUUGGGGCGCUGCACCGUAACGAGCUCUCGGGAGCUCUAGGGGGUCUGACCCGCGUCCGCAGGUUCUGCCAGGACGACGCACACAUCUUCUGCACGCCACAGCAGCUGGAGCAGGAGAUCCUGGGCUGUUUAGACUUUGUCAGGAGGGUGUACGAGGUGUUUGGGUUCUCCUUCCACUGCCUGCUCUCCACUCGCCCCACCCCGUACCUGGGCCAGCCAGAGCUGUGGGACACGGCUGAGGAGCAGCUGGAAAGGAGCCUGCAGCAGUUUGGCCAGCGCUGGGAACUCAACCCAGGAGACGGAGCCUUCUAUGGGCCAAAGAUCGAUAUUCAGAUCAAGGACGCCAUUGGUCGACAGCACCAGUGUGCCACGAUCCAGUUGGAUUUCCAGCUUCCAAUCAGAUUUGACCUCCAGUAUGUUGGGACUGAUGGAGAGCUGCACCGGCCGGUCAUGGUCCACAGAGCCGUGCUGGGCUCUCUGGAGAGGAUGAUCGCCAUCCUUGCGGAGAACUUUGGAGGGAAAUGGCCCCUGUGGUUGUCUCCAGCGCAGGUCAUGGUUAUUCCUGUAGGGGGCAACAGCGAGUCGUAUGCUCAGCAGGUGGUCGGGCAGUUUCGUGAGGCUGGCUUCAUGGCUGACCUGGACUGUGGGCAGGGAGCCACCUUAAACAAAAAGAUCCGGGCAGCACAGCUCUCUCAGUACAACUACACAUUCGUGGUGGGGCAGAAGGAGUGUGUGAGUGGGACAGUGAGUGUGAGGACCAGAGGGGGUCGGCAGCUGGGCAGCAGGCUGACAGGAGACGUCCUCACGGCCCUCUCUGAGCUACGAGACGCACGCAGCAACCAGGAAGACUUCUGAAGACACACACACACGCAGCAACCAGGAGGACUUCUGAAGACACACACACACUCGUACAUACCUACACACUCAUGAAGGCGCACACACUCUCAUACACACACACACAAAUAAUAACCGUGCAUCAAGGUACACACACUUGGUUACAGUCUAAAGAAUAACCCAGAUGAUUUUGAUAAUAAAACGUAACUUUAUUCGGA